UCUGAUUAUAUUUAAUGUUUCACUUGCAGGGAUAUAGGAGCAUUGAUGUAUGACCCAACAUGUGAAGAGCAUAAACAGUUUGAAGUGGAGUCUAAACAAGUUGAACUGCCUCAACCUGUGGAAAGGAAGAAAAAGAAAAAAGGGAAGAAGGAAGUUACUGCCUUGGAAACAGAACCUGCAGUUAUUUUGCCAGAAGUGACUAAGGAAAAGUUUUACGAGAUUUCCGAUACCUUAAAGAACACAUUUGUAGAGAAAGCAAAGGCAACGACUGAUGCCCCUUCAAGUGGAGGGGGAUUCUCUCUACUAGCUGCAUUUGGUACUCAUUACAGUGAUGAUGAUAGUGAUGAUGAUGCUAACGUAGCAAAAGGUGCUGAAGGUUCUGCCAUACCAAUACCUGAUGUCCUGAGAACUAACCAACUCUCACUGGCUAAUAGAUUUAAUGUUAGAGAUGAUGCUCAUCAUGAAGACAGUGAUGGGGAUGAUGAUGAGAAAGAAAUUGCUGGAAAAGAACUGGAGAAAAAUGUUGAGAAAAUGUAUACAACAGAGCCAACUUCCAAACAAGCCUUGGAUAUUACAAAACCCAAAAACUUUUUCUUCUUGCCAAAUGAUGAAAGACUUAAAGAAUCUGUAACACAGAAAAAAGAUAGCUCUAAUCAAGGAGAUUGGUUUUCCAAGAGACGUCACCUUAUUGAGAGUUACAAAUCAAAACACAAGAAUUUAAGACGGAAGAAAGGACCUAUGAAGAAAAGAGGUGGUAAAAGAUGAUAAAAACAGAUUAAAAGGUCCUUUCACAAGGCUUACUUUACAAGGAAAGCUAGUUAGGUGGAUCAACCGUCGAGAUAAGGCCAAACUUGUGUUGCAAUCAACGUAAAAUAACAGGAAAACAACAUCUUUGCUUAUUUGACUUAGCAAUUCCUAAUGGACAUUAACCUCUGUAAAAUUUUGAAAUAAUGCUAGUGAAUUGACACAGUUUGAAAGUUUGUUUGUUAAAGGGAAAUAACUUGUGUUUAGAUAUGUGUUUAAAAGAGGAUGCAAAACUGUCCCUCAAGUUUAAUGAAUGGAAAUGAAUAAGUUGCUGAAAAGAUUAUAAAAAAUGAUUGUCCAGUAUUGACUUGUUAGUUAGAUAAACAAUGAUACUACUACUACAUUCAGAAAAAAAACUUGUUCAUUAGAUGAACAAGGAUAAAAGGAUCCACUUGAAUUAAAUAAAAUGCUUUGUUUUACCAUGCCAUAAGUUUAAAAGUGAGUAAAUGUACAUUGAAAUAAAACUCAAGACAUUUUUAAUUAUCUUUUAUACAUGUACACGUUUUAACAUAUUUAUAUCUUUUAAAUAUGUUAUGACCUGAUGAAAAGAAAAUCACAAGGAGAAGAAAAUUAAAUUUGUAAUGUACUACAGGUAGUAGGUUGUUUGAAAUGAAAUGCUUUUGCUGAUGUAAUAUAGUAAUUGUUGAAUAAAGAGUUAAAUAGGAAGUGGUUUACAUGUAUAUUGAAAGGCUCAUUGUUAGAGUUUCUUGAUUUAUGAUUUGUAUUUUGCUCUCAUGAAUUUCACAUUGAGCUUUCAUGAGUCAUGUAAAAAUGGCAGAGCAAAAUCUACACUAGUCAAAUACAAAUUCCAAGAUUCUCUUUUUUCAUUUAAACCUAUUUUAUUAUUAUAUUUUGGUGAUUGUUUUCUUGAAACAUAUAUUGUUGGCUGAUGUUAUUGAUGAAAU